CACCCCCUCCCACCUCCACCCCACUCCUCCUGUCCCAUCUCGGGCGGCUGAGGCUUCUCAGUGUGUGUGUGUGUGUACAGUAGAUGGUGUGUCGCUCGAAGUGGGAGCGGCGGUAAUGAGAUGCGUGUGAAACCGCCCAGUCCCGGGAGAAGACGGAGUUUCGCCGAGACGCGAGCAGUACUUGACGCUUCAAAAUGCUGCAGACUACCACUGUGAACCCAACAAUUCUGUUCCUUGUACUUGUAUUCGUAGAAAUUUUGUUCCUUCAUUUCGUAAGAUGAACAUCUUCCAAAAAUGACGACUCAGAGACCAUUGAGUGGAACCUUAUUUUUUCAUCUCUAUUAAAUGAAACAAUAACAUCUGAAAGUUGAAUAAAUUCAUUGAAGACAGUACUUUUGAUCCAGGACAUUAUCCACAUUUUUUAAAACUAUCAAGAGUAUUGACAUAAAUUUGUAAGUUGAGUCCUUGAGUGCAAUACUUCGAAGUGUGCUGUUUAGCAGGUUUUUCUCCUCCCACUGAAGCAAAGUCUAAGGUUGUCCUAGAAGUAGUGAAAUGAAGAGGCUGUGUGAAAAAACAAUGUCUAUUUCUGUUUCUGAAGAGAACAAUUUCAUAAUGAUGUAAGCCUCUCCCAACAUCUGGAUGUGGUGCUAAAGGCAAAGCAUUUUUGAUCAGCUGACGUGAAGCUGUGCAAAGAGGACCUUCAUUAAAAUAGCUUCUUGCCAAAAUAAUCUUAAACAUCAUCAUGCACAGACUGAAAAUAAAAAUGAAGAUGACUGAGAUAUGAGGAUGUUUCCUUGAACCUUGAAAGAGAAGUGUGAAAUUACACUUGCAACAUUGCAGGGUAAAGAAAGAAAAGAAUUUUCUUGACUAUUAGACAGGUCUUGACAGAUUUAAAUCAAGUCAGAUGUCAUCAAACGAAUCUUCUCCUCCAUCCUUACAGAAGUUUUCCCCAUCUGCGUCCCAUGUUGCUGCUCCACCUACCCCUUCUUUAUCUUCAAGUCCACAAUCUGGACUCUCAGGCCGACUGUCCAAUGGCAGCUUCAGCACACAAAGUCUCACCAACUCCAGGGGCUCUGUGCAUGGCAUCUCCUUCCUGCUGCAGAUUGGUCUCACUCGCGAGACUGUUACAAUUGAGGCUCAAGAUCUCUCCCUUUCUGUUGUCAAAGACCUAGUGUGCUCCGUAGUUUAUCAAAAGUUCCCAGAGUGUGGUUUUUUUGGCAUGUAUGACAAAAUUCUCCUGUUCCGCCAUGACCUGAACUCAGAAAAUAUUUUACAGCGGAUUACAUCAGCUGAAGAAAUACGUGAAGGUGACCUCGUUGAGGUUGUUCUCUCUGCAUUGGCUACAGUCGAAGAUUUCCAGAUUCGUCCUCAUAUGCUAUAUGUGCAUUCUUACAAGGCUCCCACUUUUUGUGACUAUUGCGGAGAGAUGCUUUGGGGCUUGGUACGACAAGGGUUGAAAUGUGAAGGGUGUGGAUUAAACUACCACAAGCGAUGCGCCUUCAAGAUCCCAAACAACUGCAGUGGUGUAAGAAAGAGGCGUUUAUCUAAUGUAUCUUUACCAGGAUCUGCACUUUCAGUCCCAAGAUCAGUGCAAACUGAAUACACAGUCGCAGCCACAGAAGAGCGUCCCCUUCUAGAGCCCAGUAAGAGGAUUCCUUCCUGGAGUGGGCGUCCAAUAUGGAUGGAAAAGAUGGUGCUCUGCAGGGUGAAGGUUCCACAUACCUUUGCUGUUCAUUCUUACACUCGACCCACCAUAUGCCAGUACUGCAAACGAUUGCUCAAGGGUCUCUUCCGCCAAGGAAUGCAGUGUAAAGACUGCAGAUUUAACUGUCACAAACGUUGUGCUUCUAAAGUACCCAAAGAUUGUCUUGGAGAAGUUGUGUUCAAUGGAGAACCGGCUAGUCCAGGUCAAGAUAUGGAUAUGCCAAUGGAGGUUGACAGCAGUGAAAUGAACAGUGAUGGAGGUAGGAGCUUGGAUGAUACAGAAGAACCCUCUCCCCCAGAAGACAAAAUGUUUUUUAUGGAUCCAGCAGAUCUAGAUGGGGACAAAGAUGAAGAGGCUGUCAAAACUAUCAGCCCAUCGACAAGCAAUAAUAUUCCAUUAAUGAGGGUUGUGCAAUCAAUCAAGCACACAAAGAGGAAGAGCAGUACAAUGGUGAAGGAAGGAUGGAUGGUUCAUUACACUAGCAGAGACAACCUGAGAAAAAGACAUUACUGGAGGCUGGAUAGUAAAUGUCUUACACUAUUUCAGAACGAAUCUGGGACAAAGUAUUACAAGGAGAUUCCGCUUUCUGAAAUUCUUCAGGUGACUCAGCCGCGGGACUUCUCAAACGUGGUGCAAGGCAGCAACCCACACUGCUUUGAAAUAAUCACUGACACUAUGGUGUACUUUGUUGGCGAGAACAAUGGCAGCAAUCAUCAUAAUCCUGUUUUGGCUGCUACUGGAGUGGGACUGGAUGUAGCGCAGAGCUGGGAGAAAGCUAUUCGUCAGGCUUUGAUGCCAGUCACGCCUCAGGCUAGCAUUUGCACUGCUGCAGGACAAGGGAAAGAUCACAAAGAAUUAUCUGUCAGCAUUUCUGUUUCGAAUUGCCAGAUCCAAGAAAAUGUGGAUAUCAGUUCCGUAUACCAGAUCUUUGCUGAUGAGGUGCUUGGCUCUGGUCAGUUUGGUGUUGUGUAUGGAGGAAAACAUAGGAAGACUGGAAGGGAUGUGGCAAUUAAAGUCAUUGAUAAAAUGCGAUUCCCCACAAAACAGGAAAGUCAGCUGCGCAAUGAAGUGGCCAUUUUGCAGAAUUUGCACCACCCUGGGAUUGUAAACCUGGAAUGUAUGUUUGAAACUCCAGAAAGGGUUUUUGUUGUAAUGGAAAAACUUCAUGGAGAUAUGUUGGAGAUGAUUCUUUCCAGUGAGAAAAGCCGGCUUCCAGAAAGAAUCACCAAAUUCAUGGUCACUCAGAUACUUGUUGCUUUGAGGAAUUUACACUUCAAGAAUAUAGUGCACUGUGAUUUAAAACCUGAAAAUGUACUAUUAGCAUCAGCAGAGCCAUUUCCUCAGGUGAAGCUGUGCGAUUUUGGUUUUGCACGUAUUAUUGGUGAGAAGUCUUUCCGGAGGUCUGUAGUGGGAACUCCAGCUUAUCUCGCCCCAGAGGUGCUUAGAAGUAAGGGCUACAAUAGAUCUCUGGAUAUGUGGUCAGUGGGAGUCAUCAUCUACGUGAGCCUUAGUGGUACAUUUCCAUUUAAUGAGGAUGAAGACAUAAAUGACCAGAUUCAAAAUGCAGCAUUUAUGUAUCCACCAAAUCCCUGGAAGGAAAUAUCUAGUGAAGCUAUCGAUUUAAUAAACAACUUGCUUCAAGUGAAGAUGAGAAAACGUUACAGUGUUGACAAAUCACUUAGUCACCCGUGGUUACAGGAUUAUCAAACUUGGCUUGAUCUUCGGGAGUUUGAAACUCGCAUUGGAGAGCGUUAUAUUACCCAUGAAAGUGAUGAUGCUCGCUGGGAAGAACAUGCGUAUGAGCACAAUCUUGUAUACCCCAAACAUUUCAUUAUGGCCCCCAAUCCAGAUGAUAUGGAGGAAGACCCAUAAUUGCUAUCCAGGGAAAGGCACUUAACUUAAACCAUUACUGAUACUCUGAUGGAGCAAGUAUUGCUCUUUGCUCUUCAGUCUAUAAAGCAGUGAAGGAUCUUCCAUCAGUUUUUGGAUGGACUAGAUGACUUGGGAAAGGCUCCACAUCUCUAGUUACUAUGACUAUGAAUGUGAUCCGGCACUGGGUUAAAAGCCAUGAAAUAUUUGUGUUAACAUUGCCUUACUGGUACAUCACAGUGAUGUUACUGGCCGAUGAAGUGCACAGAGACUUGAUGUAGUAUGUGAAAUUUCCAGGGUUUUUGUAGUUUACACAAUAACAAAAUAAUUUUAAUGGUUUUCUAGUUCCUACCUACUAAGCCAUAGAAUACUAUUUCCUGGUAUUUAGAUACAUCUGUUAUGAAGCUGUAGAGAAACCUGAAAUAUAUACCAUGACCAAAUAACUACAACAAUGCUUGAUUUUUAAGCCCCAUACAAAACACUCGUAGAAUAUUUAUUUAGCAGGUAUGAGUUGGAAAAGCAAUAAAAGUAAAGGGAGCCAAUAACUUUAAGGCAGAUUUGUUGUCCUUCUGCUUAACUAGAACAGCCUCUUGAUGUAUGGAAGUGCAGAGCACUAAAAGUACUCUACAAUCCCACUUAAUACAGACAAGGUGUGUUUUCGCCUUUACACUUACAUUAGGAGAACAGUAAAGCAUUAUGGUGAAUUAUCAUUGUGUGGCAGAUGUUAGUGUGACCUUGAGGCUUAUGGAGGGCUUUCGGCCUCAAUUUAUCCAUAGACCAGGAUCCAGAGAUGUAAUUUGAAUACUGCUGCAAAGAAAAAAGUGCUCCACUGGUUGUUUUUUGAGCACAACAGUUCCAUGUGCUAGCAACUGGUUUCUUCUGCAGUGGGAAUUGUUGCACCAGAUAGAAUAAACUGAAGCUCCUGCUGUGUGUAUUGUUCCCUCUCACAUAUCACAUAUUUGGCUCCUGCCAAUUAGCAUCCAGUGCACAACUAAGAUCUUCAGUUGUUUAGCCUUCCACUGUGGAAACGUGAUUUGUGGUGGGAAGUUUAAAGUAGUAGGUGCAUCACAAUAGCCUUGUGGUGGUGGUGCUGGGCGCAUACCUCUGUGCUGUCAUUCAUUUUGCUCUGGAAGAGACUUGUCUGCUGCAGUUUGGCCCCAAAGAAUCUUUUAAUUUCUUGAAAGGAAUAAAAUUUUACUUCAUUUCCAAUUAAUUCUAGUAACUAGAAUCCACAGUGUAAUAUAUCCUUAGGAUCUCUGGUGUCAUGGAAGAUGCGGUCAUUUAUGUUUCCAUGUUGCCCUUUGCUUUCUGCUCUUUGCUUUUCUUCUGCUUUCAUUAAACCCUGUAGUCUAGCAAAAUCACUCUGCUGGUGAUCAGGGGGUUGUGGCCUUUUGCCUCCCACUUGCUGGGUUUAUCACUCAGAGAUUAAGGGUGGAAAGAGAGUUUGCCUCCCUCCCUCCUUCCUGUCCCACACAAAUUUACUUGCAAGGCACUCUGCUUGAUGCAGUUGGCUUCUUCUUAAAAGAUCUACUGAUAGGAAAAGGAUGGGAAGUGGCUUGGAGAAGGGCUAAAACGUGUCACCCUUUUCUUCCUUUCCCUUCCUGCUAGCAGGUCUGCUUACAAAACACUUACAUUUAAUCCAUACAGUUCUCAAUUACAGAUGAGAAUCAAUUUGGCAAGCACUCCUAGAUUUAAUGAGUAUGAAUGGGUGGUACUUUGUAGAUAAAAAAGUUAACACAAUUAUAUGAAUUCACUUCCUGGCCACUGUUUGUUCCAUCAUAGUGUUAAUUAUUGCUGUCUGAAUAGCAGCCUGUCAGUUCUGUUUUGCAUCUGCUUUUCUUCUUUCUGAUUUCCUGUCCAUCUCCUUCCUCAGGUCGGUCUUCAGCAUCUUCUCUUCUUCAACUGUCAUCAGCUGACUUCUUUUCACUUUGCUUUCUCCCAGCAUUUCAUGCCCUCCUUUCACUCGCCCUGCAUUCUGUUUCAUUACAGGACUAGGCUUUACACUUGACAUAAAAGUUAUUCCUGUGCAUGUCUGUGAAUUACAACUAUGUAAAGAGCAAGAGAGGAACACAGAAGAAGAAUCUCAAAAAUCUUAUCACAAUAAGGAAGGUCCAGUGCAUACAUUCCCUUAAACCAAAUUUUUUGAUCUGGAGAAAUGAUGGAAGCAGCAGUUCAAGAACAAGGCUAUAUGAAGAUAACCUAAAGCAGUCUGAGAACAUUAAAGGCUACUGGACAACCAGUGCAAAUGUCACUAAAGUAAAUUAAAAUAAAAACCUUGCUUAAUUUUUUAUUUCAUCUCAACCAACUGUUCUAUUUAGAUGAUUGGCAAACAAAUGAACUAACCUGGAUCUAGUUAUGAAGUUAACAUUUUCAGGGAAAUGUGGUCUACAAUUGAAAUAAGCUGUAUAUAAAUGUCAGCAAGAACCAGAUGUGCAGUUGAAGCGUUCUGUGAAAUUUUCAUGGCAACACUUGCUCUGGCCAAGGCAUGCUGCUGUAGCUGUUGCAGC